UUGGGCAAGAAAAGGGGGUGGUUGAAAACCUCCAUCCUUGUGGUUGAAUUUUUUUUCCUUUUCUUCCUUUUCUGACUUUUUUUUUUAACUCUUGGCAGGUGGCUGAUGUAAACCACAUGACGGUUCAGCCCCUGAAGUCUUUUUUUUCUGGAUUCUGUGUGUGUGUGUGUGUUUGGGUGUGUGGAGUGAGUGUACCUCAUUGAAACCAGCUUGCUUACAAGGCAAGUCAACCCUCUCCAUUCCCUCCAGUAGAGUACAGCCUCCUGCAGCCCUGUGAAGGGGCUUGACACACACAGCUCUCCGGUCUGCUGGCAGGCGGAAAAAAAAAAUCAGGAGUAGAGAAACAGGAAAAAAAGAAGAAGACGGGGAGGAGGAAAGGCGUUCUAAAGGCAGCAGAAGGCACAUCGUAACUUGGUUGGAGAAGAAAAGUCUGCCCAAGGGUGGGAUACUCAGGACCAAAUUCUGACCCAAAGCCUGGCAGCCGCCACUAUGGAAUACCUCCUUUUGCUGAUCCCCCUCCUGGGACUCGUGAGCAGUGAGAUGCCCUUCGUGCAGAGAGGCUUCUGGGACUUCUCCAUGGAUGAUCCCAAUGUCCAGGAAGAGGAAGAAGCUUCGGGGAUCUUCCCUACUUCAGGAGGGGCUGAAACUGACGUGAUUGUUCCCUUCUACCCAGGACUCUGUCCAUUUGGCUGCCACUGCAACCUGCGGGUGGUGCAGUGCUCUGACCUAGGUCUCAAGGAAGUGCCGAGAGAGGUCUCAUCAGACACCACACUCCUGGAUCUGCAGAACAACCAGAUUACUGAACUGCGCAAAGAUGACUUUAAGGGGCUCCAUCAUCUAUAUGCCCUGGUAUUGGUGAAUAAUAAGAUCUCCAAGAUCCACCCAAAGGCCUUCAGCCCCCUGCACAAGCUACAGAAACUCUACAUCUCCAAGAACAACCUGGUAGAAAUCCCUCCAAACCUCCCCAAGUCCCUGGUGGAACUCCGCAUCCAUGACAACAAAAUCAAGAAGAUCUCCAAGGAUGUCUUCAAUGGGCUGAACAACAUGAAUUGUAUUGAGAUGGGUGGGAACCCCUUGGAAAACAGUGGAUUUGAACCUGGGGCUUUUGAUGGCCUAAAGCUGAACUAUUUGAGGAUCUCAGAAGCAAAGCUGACUGGUAUACCCAAAGAUCUGCCUGAAACUCUAAAUGAGCUACAUCUGGACCACAACAAGAUCCAAGCUAUUGAAUUGGAGGAUCUGAUCCAUUACUCCAAAGUUUACAGACUGGGCCUGGGACACAACAACAUCCGGAUGAUCGAGAACGGCAGCCUGGCCUUCCUGCCAAUCCUGCGCGAAUUGCAUUUGGAUCACAACAAACUGUCACGGGUUCCUCCUGGACUACCUGAUCUCAAGUUUCUGCAGGUUGUGUACCUUCAUUCCAACAACAUUACUCAUAUCGGCGUGAAUGACUUCUGCCCAGUGGGCUUCGGGGUGAAGCGUGCCUCCUACCAUGGCAUCAGCCUCUUUGGUAACCCAGUGCCUUACUGGGAGGUCCAACCAGCUACCUUCCGCUGUGCCACCGACCGCCUGGCUAUCCAGUUUGGCAACUACAAA